AAGUUGCAAUGUAUUUUAUUUUGCUGCGAUACGCGCGGCGUAAACUGUGACUGUGUCAAAAUGCAGUCUGUGUAAUAAAAGACCAUGUCACAACUCGCGCCUUUACUGCAGCGACACUGGUCACUGAAUGAAGCCCUGUGUCAAAUCAUAUACGUCUGCGUUUAUGGAGGCACUGUCCAAAACGGUGAAAACGUGUUGUGAAGCGCUCGGAGUCCAAAGCAAUGUGUUCAGUCACUUACUGGAAAAAGUUGCAAAGAGCGCCCCAGGAGUUCUCGAUCAGCUGCUGUGUCACAACUACGAAUCGAGGAUUUAUUGCUUUCUGUCCCAAACUCUCCGCCACAUUGACCCGUUGGGCUUCGAUUCUCUCAUCGCAGACUACAUCGCUUUCGUCAGAUCCGAACACACAUACGAUCUGAGGUUUUAUUUAGUGUUCACUGAGAUCUGCAUCAACACCAUUCUGUACUGGGUGUUCGCAAGGCGAGCGCACCCGGUCUUCGUACAGAAACUCCUGGAGAAUACCAUUCUGUACUUAAGCGAUAAAGACAGUCUUCUUGCUUUGAUCUGGAGAACCUUCACACCAGUGUACAAUCCAAGUCCAUUCAGUGGUGUGACCCCAUUGCAUUAUGUAGCUCAAACCAGGCAGUCAAAUAUACUGAAGGUAUUACUUCAGUUCGGGAUACUAGAGAGGGAGCAUAAUCCUACGUCCACAAUUUUCAUCAUCCUCUUCUACCCAACACGAGUAAGAAUGGGUGAUGACUCUGAGUCAACAGAUAUAAUAAAGGAUGCAGAACUCUGCUUAGGUUUAUGCAUUAGAGUGCUGUGCUCCAUACACAUUGCACAGCUCAAGGCACUCAUUGGUUUCAGACAAAAAGCUCUCAUUUCUAACUGGCUGGAUUGUAUCCCUGCAACACGAUACCGAGAACCAUGUGAGCUUCUGCACCUUUGCAGAGUGUCUAUCAGAAGUCAUUUGUUAACCAACAACAAGUUGCCAGCCGGAAUAUUCUUACUGCCAGUUCCAACAAUGCUUCAGAAUUACCUGAACCUGGAAACUUAA